AUGUCAGGCCUUCCCUACGCAGUUCCAGCGAACUACAUUGUUCGCCUCGUUGAGGAAAGCAACGCCGCUCAAGGCAUUUCUCGGGCCACUGAACCUGUUCAGCCUCACGAACAUCCUACCCACUUCCAGUUUCCCCGCGUGUCACUACAUGAAAUGACACUGAAGACGCACUACCGCGGUCCACACAAGCCGGAGCAAGUAUCGGCACCAAAAUCGGCAGGCGUUUUUGCGCCGGCCACGGAUAUCCGGGAGACCAUGCGCUCGUACCACAUCGAGAUUGAGGCACCAGGCGUCACGAACAAGGACAGCAUCAUGGUCCAAUGGCUCACACCUCAUACGCUCCUUGUCCAGGGCGAACUCAAGAGACCCGUCAAUAUCGGCCUGCUCGACGGCGACCAGGGCAGCAAAGUGUGGGAAGGCGCAUCCGGCGAGGGAUGGCCUGUAGAAUCAGGACACGUCAAGAAGCAGGAGGAUGGCGGCCCACUCAUGCGCACGCCCUCACGGGAGACCGUCGAGGCGGAACUCAAGGCCGACUCGAUUCCCACGGUGCUCCUGUCCGAGCGCAAGGUCGGCCCCUGGAGACGUACAUUCACCCUGCCCGAUGACGUGGAGAUGAAGGAGCUCAAGGCCAGGUUGGAGGGUGGCCUCUUGAGGAUCGAUCUGCCCAAGCGCAGUGUCGAGGAAGAAAUCGAAACGAGAGGCGGCGGGAUCAUGAUUGAGAUUGAAUAG